GUACUACAUACACACAAAUAAUCAGUGCGUCGAAUGAUUAUCGAAAGAAAAUAUAUUUGUGCUUGGUUUAUCGCAAGAUUUUAUGAUACUGUCGUAUUUAAACAGGGUAGUUUUCUUUUUGUUAAUUAUUGGCCGUGACAGCUGUGUGUGCUGUAAUCAUGAAUAAGAGGGUCGUCAGCGCGAAACUUUUGGAAUAUCAUGAACAUAGUAACAGUGUAAUUUAGAAAUGGAAAAUUAAAUUAAGGCAUAACAGUGGACAAAUGAUUUUUAUACAUCGUUAGUUGUGCAAACGAACGGCUGACUGUUAUUGCGUGUCUUGUACGUGCAGCAAAACUGUUUCUGAACGCAGAACUCAGCAUGGUGAUACGAUUAUAAUUACCGAUUCACAGCAUCCCAUGUUGCAAUUGCUAAUGUUUGUUCAACUUUACAAAGAUACUUAAGACUGUCUGUCCUUAUGAGUAUCUUUUGAAAUACAGUGGAAGUAGUAAUCUGUAAAUUUUACUGAAAGGAGGAUGCCAGUAACUAAACGUAUUCCAUGCCCUUCGCGAUCCGACGGUGGUAGUAGUGAAAGUCCAUUACUCGUGGAAGAAGGAGAAACAGUUGGUGCACCUCAUAGUCCGCACACCAAACAUAAUCAUAGUCAUUCGCAUGCUAAUCCUCAUAGGUCCCAUAGUUACCGCCAUGAAAAACCAAAACAAUUAGUAAAAUAUGGAGAGUUAGUAAUUCUUGGAUACAAUGGAUUCCUCCCACCGGGAGACCGGGGAAGAAGGAGAAGUAAGUUUGUUCUUUUUAAGAGGCCUGUACCAAAUGGUGUGAAACGCAGUAAACAUUACAUUGUAAAAACACCUCACAGUUCACAAGCUAUCCUUAAUACGAAACAACAUUCGAUAUCGUACACUCUUUCACGAACACAAGCCGUUAUCGUAGAAUAUACCGAAGAUGAAGGAACCGAUAUGUUUCAGGUGGGACGUUCUUCCGAAUCUCCAAUUGAUUUCGUCGUCAUGGAUACCUGUGCAGGCGGCAGCGACAGCUCCAACGAAGGGCGCGUCGCUCAAAGUACAAUUAGCAGAUUUGCCUGCCGAAUUCUAGCCGAUCGGUCAGAUCCUCGAAUUGCAAGAAUAUAUGCCGCGGGUUUUGAUAGUUCAAGGAAUAUCUUUUUAGGGGAAAAAGCAACAAAGUGGCAAGAGAAUCGUGAGAUCGAUGGACUUACGACAAACGGCGUUCUAAUAAUGCAUCCACGGGGUCAAUUUUGCGGUGGCGAGGCACAAUGUGGCUUUUGGAGAGAAGUGAGCGUAGGUGGUGGUGUAUUCUCUUUAAGAGAAAGCCGAAGUGCCCAACAAAAAGGAAACGUUGUGGAGGAUGAAAAUAAUAUUCUACAAGAUGGAACUUUGAUUGAUCUUUGUGGUGCUACGUUGCUUUGGAGAUCAGCCGAAGGUCUGGCAAAGUCUCCGACGAAGCACGAUUUGGAAGAAUUGGUUGAUGCUAUUAAUGCCGGAAGACCACAGUGCCCGGUCGGUUUGAAUACUUUAGUCAUACCACGUAAAGCAGCUACGGAUUCGACUCAACAACAGCCGUAUGUAUAUUUGAAAUGUGGACACGUACAAGGUCAUCAUGACUGGGGACAAGAGAAAGACAAAGCUACACGAAGGUGUCCAAUGUGUUUAGUAGCUGGUUCGGUAGUUAAACUUUCAAUGGGAAUAGAACCAGCAUUUUACGUUGAUUGUGGCCCACCUACUUACGCGUUUAGGCCUUGUGGACACAUGGCCACAGAGAAAACUGUUAAAUAUUGGGAAAAGGUCGCAAUACCGCACGGAACAAACGGUUACAUUGCAAUUUGUCCAUUUUGUGCAGUCCCUCUCGAAGGAACACCAGGAUACGUAAAACUGAUUUUCCAAGAUAAUGUAGACUGAGGUUCGUUUAUUAUAAGAUCGUGAGUAUGUGUAGAAAUUAUUAACUUCUUAUCAAAUUCAAGGACUAUUAAAAUUAAUGAAAUGUAAAUAAUCUUAAUGCGAGUAUAUAACAAAGUUCUGUCUUCUUCCCUUGGUAUAAAUUUAAGCGAAGUUUUAUAUGUACAAAUAGCUCUGCAAUAAUUAUUAUGUACAUGGCUAUCAAAAUAAAUAUCCCUUCUUAAACAGUA